AGGGAUUCGCGCGCUGGCGGCUCAUAAGAUCGGGGCGUGUGUAAUCCAAGACAUGGAGAUCGUGCUCCAAAUUUGAAGAUCUCCUCCGGCGGAAGAGAACCGGUUCUCAGAGAUUGGCAAAGGUAUCUCUGGACUUGUCGACGUGCAGAGCCUGGCGAACUUCUGAAGGACACCAGCAGCAGCCAGAUUGGUGAAUUGCUCAAUUUCCUCUCUGCGCAGCGUGAAUAACGAUCGAACCUUCUUGUGGAAUCGAGUGGCAGCGGAAAGUGUUCUGAGAGGCUAUUCUGCAGAGAAACACCUUGCAGACGGGUUGUGCGCCAAUGGUGAGAAAUCGCGCAGCGGUUGUGGUGCUGGGGGACAUUGGUAGGAGCCCCCGAAUGCAGUAUCAUUCCUUGUCCUUGGCGGAUCAGGCAAAUCUGCAUGUGGAUAUUGUGGCGUAUGGAGGUAGCUCUCCUCAUGAAGUCUUAAGCAAGCAUCCACGCAUCAGAAUGCACUUGCUGGCACCACCAUUCACGGCUGGAUGGCCGAGAGCGCUUCGUCUGCUGGCAUUACCAGUGAAGGUCACUUUCCAGGUCAUCCAGUUGCUAUGGACAUUAUGUGUUGCUAUCCCAGCUCCGGAUGUGUUUCUUGUGCAGAAUCCUCCUUCAAUUCCGACCUUUAUGGUCGUGCUAUUUGCAUGCGUGCUCCGGGGUGCCUCCAUGGUAAUAGAUUGGCAUAACUUUGCAUACACUCUUCUGGGACUCUCACUGGGCAAACGGCAUCCACUGGUUACUAUCUCUCGGUGGUAUGAGAGAUAUUUUGGGAAGAAAGCAGAUGCGCAUAUUUGCGUCACAGAAGCGAUGCGACAGGAGCUGAAGGAUAAUUGGGGUAUCAGGGCAACGGUUCUAUAUGACCGGGCGCCUGACUUCUUUAGACCCUCGACCAUUAGUGAGAAGCAUGAGCUCUUUAUGCGUCUCCAUGAGGACCUUGUUCAGGCCAGAUAUAACAGCCCCAACUUUCUUCAACUGAGUGAUUGGGACAGCCAUUCACGACAAGAGAGCCCCAUCUCAUCAGACUCGGAGACCGAUGGGCUUCGAACACACCCGAUUUGCAAUGGCAUUGAAAACCCUGAAAGCUUACAGGAUGCAAGAGAUACGAGGCCUCAGAAUACUCGAGUUGAGAACGACGGCUCCGAGGUUGAAGAUGAUGAUGACGGGGAUGCGGUUUAUGGCGUUUCUCGUCUGGAGCGGACACUGCUGACGCUGCGAUCUACAACUGCGAAUACGGAGCUGAAGGUGGGCACCCUUGAGGUGGAGGAACUUGAUGGUGGUGGUCAUGUCCAAUUGAACCGUGAUCGACCAGCCGUCAUUGUCAGCAGCACAAGCUGGGGUGCAGAUGAAGACUUUUCGUUAUUGCUGGAGGCAGGGGUGAUGUACAAUCAGCGUGUAGAGGCAUCGAUGCAAAAUUACAGCUCAUUGGCUGAGGGUAGUCGGUACCCAGAUAUUCUGUUCAUCAUCACAGGUAAAGGUCCACUGAGGGAAGAGUUUGAAGACCGUGUUCGGCACUUAAACCUACAGCAUGUCGCUUUCCGAACUCUUUGGCUUGCCGCGGAAGACUAUCCGCUGCUUCUUGGGUCUGCGGAUCUCGGCAUCAGCCUGCACACGUCGUCCUCGGGACUGGAUCUUCCCAUGAAGGUUGUCGACAUGUUUGGCUGUGGGCUGCCUGUAUGUGCUCUGGCAUUCUCCUGUAUACAUGAGCUGGUGAAGGAUGGUGAGAAUGGGCUUCUGUUUUCCACAUCGGACCAGCUUACCAAUCACCUACUGCAUCUUCUAGAGGGUUUUCCGGAGAAAUGUCCGGCGCUCCAUGCUCUGAAGGCCGGUGCAUGGGCAACGGGAGAUGAUGCUCGGUGGCCAGACGAAUGGGAAACGGCCGUCCUGCCGCUACUUAGCUGGUUGCGUAAAUAAGAACUACCGGGAGCACUUCAAGUGUUUUUUUCUGGACACGAUAGAGAUCCUGAUGCAGAGCGAGAAGCGACGUCUAAACAUCUGGACUCUGGAGCGGAGUGCAAAAAAAGGUGCUGCUGAAAGGAUGAGAUGGGUACAACGGUACUACAAUCCUGAACUGUUGAAAUACAGACCUGUGUUCGAAUCCAGAUGAUGGAGCUUGAUGAGUAAAACCAACUACUAAUGAAUUGCUUGGGGCCGGUCAGCUCAAUGAUAAUAUCUCAAGGCCGUCGCCCUUUUAUAAAAAGAAAACCAGCUCAGCAGAAUAUAUACAGAACAGGCAGCCAAAAGGAUUGGGAGAACCAAGUCAGCAAAAUAACACCCAGAAGGGUUAUGGGUUCUGAAUGAAGGUCAACGGACAGC